AUGUGGACGAAUCAUUACGGUCAGUCGCCGAAAUCGAUGAUUGGUCUGUUGGGCGAAAUCCGGUACCAGGGACUCAGCUAUAACCGCUCGUCACUAUAUCCAAUGGCGGAUGACUCGAACAGCAAUCAUCGUCACGCCACUGAAUCCCUAGUACCACUUGAGCAUAAUCUACGAUCGGCGAUGUCAGGCCACACUAUGCGGUAUCACCAAUGUGCGGUGAUACCGGAUAGGUCGUGUUCAACCACACCAUGCGUUUUGGCCGGAUGCGGCAGAAUAAAAUAA